AUGUUCAUAGCAAGUUACUUCGAUCGGAAGGAAAGACUGCACGGGAAGAAGGAACGCAAAGUGGACCAUGAGGAAGAGAAAAAGAACAAAAUAGAAAAUAUUUUAAAAAAUGCCCUACAUUCAUAUAAUGGAAAAAAGGAAAUAACUCAUAAAAGGGAGGAAAAGGAAGAAAUCAAAAAAAUUCUGUUAGAAUUCCUAAGGAGGAAGUUAAAAAAGACAAAGAGGAGGAAUGUCAUUAAAGAGCUUCCCCCAAAUUAUUAUAAAAAUAGUAGUAACCACCUUCCUGCAGAAGAAGAUUGGCCGGACGAAUUCACAAGUGAUAGUGAUAUAGAGUUCACCAUAAAGGAAAAUAAAAAUAUAAAAAAUUGUGAAGAAAAAAUAACUGUACUAAGUACCAUCUUAAAACAUGACAAGUUAAAAGAUAUGGACAUACAGGAGGUAUAUAGAACAAUCGACACGUAUAUUAGUGAGAGUCAAAACGAAAUUAAGCAGAUAAACGGAAAAUUGGAAAAUAAUGCAGAGAACGAAUUAAGAAUACGAAGAGAAAAUUUGUCUAAGAUUUACUCAAUCAAAAAGGAGUUGGCAAAAAAUAGAAUUUUACAAACAGAAACAGAAGGAAGUUCUAAUGCCAUUGAACAUAUGAUAAGCGAAAUGAAAAUGAUACAGAAAUUGGUUAAGCAGAAGGAGUACAUAAUACUUUUAAAAAAUAGUUUAAUGAGACUUGAUUACGCAAAGAAAUGUACAGUCAGCAGAAAUUAUGAUGAAACGCUGAGUAUAAUUUUGGAUAUUACUAGGAAGUUUCACUUAUUUAAAAAAAAUGGAAAGGAACAAAUUACUAAGGGGAUUCAAUUCUUUAUCCCCAUAUUGACUGAAUAUUAUAUGAGUAGAACACAGUUCUUACUGUCUAGCAUUUCGUGGGGUAAUAACAUUUCCAACGUUUUAACAAACACACUGGAGCAACUCCUAAACGAUUUUCCUGACGGUGAUGAUGAGUACUCAUUCAACGCCGAACAGGAAUUCCCCAUAAACCCGGAGAAAAGAUCGUAUGGAAAUGGACCCCCCCACGAAAAUAUCACUCAAAUCAAUGAAAGUAAUAUCCCUUUAUGGAAUAACCCUAAUGAGAACAAGGCGGAAUCACUACAGGAAAAAAUAAAAAGUGCCGUCAUCUUCGACAGUACGUACAUUUCGCUUCUCCAAAAGGAAAGUCACGAAUUUGUGCACACACUAAUUAGCUGGAAUUUGAUAGAAAAAAUUGACGACUAUUUAAAGGGGGGAAAUAACCUACGAAAUAAUUUUUCUCAUCAUAAAUGUGACUGCAGCAUGAAAUUUGUCGAUAAAAUGGCUAGCUGCAUAAUCACAUUUUUUAGAUCAUUCUUCCAAAAUGAGAAGAGCCCACUUUUCAAAAUUGACAAACCGGAAUGGGGAUUAAAGUACCUGUUCUACCAGUGCGUGAUUAGCAACACGAUAUUGAAGAUAUUCCUGAGGUUCAUCCAUGAGGGGGGGGAAUUUAAGGGCAGUGUGAUGCUGGGUCAGGCGUUGCACGAUGCAUUCCUCUGUAGUGGUCAGGGUUGCAAUGAAGGUACAUUCAAAAGGAGCGAUGAACAUAGCGAUGAACAUAGCGAUGAGCAUAGUGAUGUAUACCGUGCUGGUCGCUCCAGUGGAGAUCCUCAAAUUAUGCAAGGGUUAAGCUGCCAAGAGGGUUUCUCUCCCUCACCCGGAGGCGUCUACUUCACCUCUGAGGACAAGGAACAGGAUGAAGACAAGAUAGACAUAAAAAGCCUUUACAACACGUACAGUAGGAUGAGUAGCGAGGAGAAGGAGCGCAUCUUAUACGAUAUAACAAACUGCGAACAAGUAAUAAGGAAGUUAAAUUUUAAAAUAAUCAACGAGUGCAGGUUGUACAUACUAAGCAGAUGCGCCUACUUUAUCCAGUUGUACCACGUGGAAGAAUGUAAGAGUGAAAUAAAAAAGGCAUUUUUAAAUUUCAUACACCACGUAUUGAUGCUGUACAAAAAAUGGAUGUUAUAUGACGAGAUUAACAGCAAGCAUUUGCUGGACGACUUUCUGAACAACACUUUUGUGCGCAUCUUAGAUGUGGAUAGAUUCGCACCCGGAGCGGAAAAGAAGCAAAGCAACAUCGGAAGUGGUAACCACGACGAAGAUCUGGGUGUAGUUACAAGUGCAGCUGCCAAUAUAUCUACCGGUGUAAAUAGCGGUACAGGAGCGCACGAAUCAAAUGAACGCAGCAUACAUGAACUGCUCAAAUCAAGGGUAGACGGGCCGAGUGAGGUGAAAGGGGUCCACAUGAGAAAUUUUUUUCUACUAAUAGAAAAGGAAUUCCUCGUUGAUAUUUUGAAAGACAUGGCCGCCAACAGCUGUUGUAUCAAGUUGAAGAACAAAAUCAUUCUUGAGGAGGAGGACUGCGUAAAUGAAUAUGUCCAUAUUUUUACAGAGUUGCUGAAGAAGGUUACAGGGAGAAUAGCUCUGUUUCAUCACGCAGAAGGGGGCGGAAGGAACACCCACGAAGAGAGUACCUACGAAGGAAGCUACACUCCUCCCUGCGACCGCUUUGUGGAAGAGUACCUCCAUCAAGUGGUGAAGGAGCUACUUCUCAUCGUCAAGGAAGAAUUUAGACACCACUGGAACAACAUAAACGAUCUGAUAGGCGAAUGCAGCAAUACGUGUCUGCUCUACGUGUCCUUUUGCUCGAUAAAUAAGUUCCUAUCCAAUUUUCAAUACAAGAAAUAUUUGAAAGAAACCAUUUCGAGCUUCAAGCAACUGGAAAAAAAAAUGAUGAAUAACUUCCUAGAUGCAUUUUACCAUUUCAUUUCUAUCAGAAUAUAUAAUUUAUUCUCAACGAAUAAUAUUUUUCAUGAGUACAUCCUCAGCAAUCUUUUUAAGAUGAAAAAAUGCCUCCCAGAUGACCUCUUUCAAAUUUUGUGCAGCAAGAUAUUGCAGAAAUUAGACUCCAAAAUUUUAUCUUUCCUCAUGAACCAAACCAAUACAUAUUUACACAACGAACAUAUAUUCAAUACGUUUAUUAGUAACUCUUCCUUGAUUCUGCAUCAACUGGACGACCUUCAUAUGAACAGAGAGGGCGGUGAUAGUGGGGUGGGAGGUACUUGUCCCAUGCCACGCUUAGAAGAAAUUAUCAACCUGAUGACAGAUGAUGUAGAUAUUUUGAAGAGAAGAAUUCACCAACUUAAAAGUAACUAUAAUUUAUUGCUAAAUGAUCAAAAUAAGAAUUGGCUAGUUCAAGUCACCAAAAUUACCAAUGCCCUUUUGCGGGACGAUGAUGAAGAGGAUUCCAGUGAUGAGUAUUCGCCGUUUCGUUCCCUUGAUGGAAAGGACGAUGCAAAUAAGGCUUGCAGAAUUUCGCUUAAAAAAAUCAAAGCGCUUCUUUUGAAGCGCCCAGACAUCAGACAGAUCUCGGAGAAGUCUAUCGUCAUUCAGGAGUUCAUCCAGACCUAG